AGAUGCAAAAAUCCAUACGUCUGUCUCUCUCUCUUUCUUUGUGUUUUUUCGAUUUCCGUGUCAAGCAAGCAUCCAUUCAUCAAUAGUGGUUUCUUAACCCACGGGCAAUACAUAUCUCUUCUUUCUCUCUCAUCAUGUGUACUGUUCCUGUAGUUCACUUGCUUCACCUACACUCCUAAUUCUAAUGUCUUGUUCUCAACCCUUUUAUCAAUCUUUCUGCUUUUUAAUCAGAAAAGACUGAUACCCACAAGUUAAAUUUCAGUCCAUAUCGAAAGAAAAAAAAAAGGAGAAAUGAGUCAUGAAUUGAUGACUGUGGCACCACCGGCACAGCCUGCGGCGACACCAGCUUUAGCGGCGGCAGCUCCAUCAUCGCCACCGCCGACGUCUCUUGCACCUGGAUUUCGGUUUCACCCAACCGAUGAGGAACUUGUGCGGUAUUAUUUGAGGCGAAAGGCUUGUGGGAAGCCGUUUCGAUUCGAAGCUGUAUCAGAAAUCGACGUCUACAAAUCCGAGCCAUGGGAACUUGCUGAUUACUCAUCCCUAAAGACGAGAGACCUUGAAUGGUACUUCUUCAGCCCUGUAGAUAGGAAGUACGGCAAUGGUUCCCGUUUGAAUCGUGCUACCGGCAAAGGGUACUGGAAAGCAACAGGAAAAGACAGAUCUGUCCGCCAUAAAUCUGAAACAAUUGGGAUGAAGAAAACAUUGGUCUUCCAUAGCGGCCGAGCUCCAGAUGGCAAACGUACCAAUUGGGUGAUGCAUGAAUAUAGACUCGUGGAUCAAGAACUUGUUCGAGCUGGAGUAGUUCAGGAUGCAUUUGUGCUUUGUAGAAUUUUUCAGAAGAGUGGUUUAGGGCCACCCAAUGGUGAUCGUUAUGCACCCUUUAUUGAAGAAGAAUGGGAUGAUGAUGAUGCAGCCCUGUUUGUUCCUGGUGGAGAGACAGAAGAUGAUUUGACCCGUGGCGAUGAGACUCUGCCUCAAGGAAAUGACAUUGUGCAGGUAGCUGCUGUCAACAUGAUAGCAUGUGGGAGUGAGGGUAUGGUGGAUCAUCAUCAGAGCAUCCCGUUUGUCUGCAAACGGGAAAGGUCUGAUGAUUCGGUUCUAAACCGUGGGCCCGAGCUAGAAACCUUCUCUCUAUUCCACAACAAAAGAACAAAAGAGAGUGAUGAAAUUGAAAACAAUAAUGGAAGCAAUGGAAAUGGUUCAGAAGACUCGACCACAAGUCAAGAUCCAAGAAUUGCACAACUGUCAUCAUCUGCAACUGCAACUGCACUGAUGGAGUUCCCUCUGCUUGAGUCUCUUGAAGCCAAGGUGAGUCAACCGUCUGCGAGUCAACCAUACUCAUUUGAUGCUGCCACCCUUGAGAAAUCAGUGCCACCUGGCUACUUAAAGUUUAUCAAGAACUUGGAACAUGAAAUCCUUAAUGUGUCAAUGGAAAGAGAGACUGUGAAGAUUGAAGUGAUGCGUGCGCAUGCGAUGAUCGACAUUCUUCAGUCCCAAAUUGAUGUUUUGACCAAGGAGAAUGGUGACUUGAAAGAUAAGAUAAGAUGAUGAUAGGUACUCAUUAAGGCAACCUAGGCUCUCUACUUUUUUCGACUGAGGUUUGUUUGUUAGCCUGUUUUUAGACGCUAUUCACAAUUCUGCGUCUGAGUUUAAUUAAUAAAUAAAGUUUGGUUCUCAAUUCUAUUCUCGAC